ACGGCACGGCACGGCAUCCAAACACUCAACACUCAGCGCUCAUCUGUCUCACCUCACAACUCCGAAGUCUGCAGCAUCAUGGGCAACGUUCAGCCCACCAUCGUCCCCUUUGAGGACUUUGAUGUCACAGCUGAUAUCAAGGCGAUCAGACAAGCUUGUAAAGGUUUAGGCACUGAUGAAGAAGCCAUCAUCCAAAUCCUGGCCUAUCGCUCUGCAGCUCAGCGUGUGGAGAUCAAACAGGCCUACUUUGAAAAGUAUGAUGACGAGCUGGAGGAGGUGCUGAAGAAGGAGCUGACAGGCAGUCUUGAGAAGGCCAUCGUCGCCAUGUUGGAGCCUCCUCACAUUUACUUCGCCAGGGAGCUGAGGAGGGCCAUGAAGGGGGCGGGUACGGAUGAAGAUGUGCUGGUAGAGAUCCUGUGCACGGCCACCAAUGAGGACAUUGUGAGCUACAAGGAGGCGUAUGCCCAGGUGCAAGAGCGGGACCUGGAGGCAGACAUCGAGGAUGAUACCAGUGGAGAUGUGAGGAACCUGUUGAUGUCACUGCUGCAGGCGAGCAGGGAUGAAGGCUAUGAGGUGGACGAGGAUUUAGCCGAACAGGACGCCACAUCUCUGAUCGAGGCUGGAGAAGGAAGGUUUGGCACAGACGAGUCUACUUUUACCUUCAUCCUGACACACAGGAACUACAUUCAGCUUCAGGCCACCUUUAAGUUCUAUGAGUCUCUUUCGGGGACAGACAUUUUGGACACCAUUGAAUCCGAGGCCACAGGGACCCUCAAGGAAUGCUACAUCACAUUGGUGAGGUGCGCCAAGAACCCACAGCUGUAUUUUGCCCGACGCCUUAAUGCUGCCAUGAAGGGACUCGGCACUGAUGAGGACACGCUCAUUCGCCUCAUUGUCGGCCGUUCUGAGAUCGACCUGGAGACAGUAAAGGACAUGUACCUGGAGAAGUAUGACGAGACCCUGAAAGACGCCCUGGAUUCCGAGUGUGGUGGAGACUUCAAACGCCUCCUCAUUGAGAUCCUGCACUAGACUCCUCUCACCGACCCCCGUACAGGCCUUGUUUAACCUCUGUGUCUACUUCCACUUUUCUCCUCACUCAUCUUUCUUCCACUUGAUUCACUCAAUCACUUUGUGGAAAUCUUUCUUUCUAUCUAUCAUCUCACGGCUGUUUUCUUCUCUCUCUUCACUCUUAGAGUCAGCUGUCUUGGCAGCAUGGGCCCAAAACCAACUCAUCAUCAUAUCAUACAGUGUUGGACACACUCUGUGAAAUUCCUUACUGAUAUAAUCCAGUAUACAAGAGAAGUGCAAUGAAUGUUUGUGUAAUUUAUAUAUAACUUGUGCAGCCGAAAUCACAUAAUUGUAUUUAUUAAAAUCGAAGUCAUUUAUUCAAAUUUAGCAGCUUUACGCUCUUUGUAUGUCAGCGCCAAAGCACCAAACAUAGAGGCCGGUGCUGCUGCCUCUUAAUUUAUAUUUGUAACUUUACCCAUCUCUGCCAUCCUUAUUGUCCACUUCACUUCUAUUUGCCUCAAAGAUGCCUUUUAUAGUCAUGCAAUUUCCUUUCUGCUGCAACACUCAACACUCAAGUGCCGAAUUAUCAAAUUUCAUCUCUGACAUCUGAAAACACAAGACGAUAAUACAUGAGGACGUUACCCGAAGCCUGAAUGCUUUAAAUAUAUAGUGAGUAUUUUGUAGUCACAUCCCCAAAGGCUUUGUGGGGUUUUAACCAUUUGUAGUCUUAGUUUUUAUCACAGCUCACAAACUGCCUUCUUCUCACAAUUAUACUCAUUAUUAAAUUGUUGGCUUUUUCCUGUUGUCAUUAAAUUCACUAUAAGUUUCUGUCAAAUACCAGUAAACUCAUUGUGCUUUAAAAUUAUUCAACAAGAUAUGAAUUAACCCUUUAAGUUUCUCACAGUACUCGCGCUGUCUGUAUCCAUGUAGUCUAUCUGAAUAAAUGUAAU